CACCCUCCAUCACAAGUUGCAUUCUUAUUUAUUUUCUCUCUCAACAACUUGUGUUUAAUCAAGUUUUAGAUUCAGCUGUUGAAGAAACUACUUUGGUUUUGCUAAGCGAAGGUGAAUUUUGGGUUUGUGUUUUUGGUUGAAGAUUUUGUGGAGAAAUGGAGAAAGCUUUGGGAUAUGGAAAUGAUCUAAACCUGAAGGCAACUGAGCUUAGAUUGGGGUUGCCUGGCACAGAUGAAGUAGAGGAACAAGCAGUUUCCAAUGUUAGAAACAAGAGGCCAAUGCCGGAAGCCUCCAUGGCUGAGGAGUGUGGAGGAAACGGCAAAUCUGAUGCUGAACAUGAAACUGCCCCACCUGCCAAGACACAGAUAGUGGGGUGGCCACCUAUCAGAUCCUAUAGGAAAAACAGCUUUCAGGCAAAGAAGGGUGAGCCUGAGGGUCCUGGGAUUUAUGUGAAAGUGAGCAUGGAUGGAGCACCAUACCUGAGAAAGAUUGACUUGAAGGUCUACCAGGGAUACCCUGAUCUCCUUAAGGCCCUGGAAAACAUGUUCAAGCUCACCAUAGGCGUGUACUCAGAGAGAGAAGGCUACAAAGGAUCAGAGUAUGCCCCUACUUACGAAGACAAAGAUGGAGACUGGAUGCUGGUUGGAGAUGUUCCUUGGGAAAUGUUCACGAGUUCAUGCAAGAGAUUGAGAAUCAUGAAAGGAUCAGAAGCCAGAGGCUUAGGAUGUGGUGUAUGAGGAACCCUCAGCCCACAAACAAAAACCCAGUUAAGAACAAGGGAAGAUGAUGGUUUAUCUCUGGUCAAGAGGAAAUCUUUCAGCUUCCAGCUUGUGUUCUCGCAGGGGAGAUUUUGGAUCUGAGACUGCUCCGGAGGUUGGCUGGAGCGAAGUUUAGAUAGGGCUAACUAACGGAUAUAUCUACAUAGGGGAGUUCAGUUUUUCUUUCCUCAAGUUCGGCAGCAAAUAUGAUUUGGUGAUCUGAGCAUCCGUCAUGUUAUAAAGUUGUUUUAUCAUAACCCCAUCAAACCGAAACUGAAUUCAUCAAGAACAUGUCGCUUCAGAUGCAAUUGUGUGCAAAUGAUUAGAGAAAAACAUAGGAGGGAAAUCUGUGUCCUAGUUUUGGUUUAUGUAUUAUCAAUACAAGAUACAGUGAAAUAUAGUAUGUGUCCUUGUAAAAAUAUGUUUAUCAUGACUAUAUAUGAAAAUCUGUGUGCUAAAUAUUCUCUUCCUUUACUAUAUAUGUUUUCAUGUGUAGAUUUGAUUUCUAUUGUUCUCCAUUCUGAAAUUAAAUAGGCAAAGAAACA